AUAGGUGCCUGACCCUAAAAUAUUUUGAGAUUUUUUUACAACUAUUUUUGCUAUUCCACUAUUCCGAAAAUUCAGCACAUACCCAAUGUAUUUUACUAUUUGUAUCUUUGUAGCAUCUCUAUUGAUAUUUUUUUAAGAAGCCAUCAAAAGCCUCAUUUUCAGAUUAUUUUUACGCCUGCCUCCUUUUCGAAGGAUUACUAAAUCGAUUUUCUCAUAAAGUCAAAUGCAUGUUCUAGUUUACUUCACUAAAUUACGAGGAUUUAUCGCGCACUUGAAUGCAGCACAGGGUAUAAAUGGGUUCCGCUAUGCAAAAAAAGUCUGUUUUAAUUUCCAAACACUUACAACGUUGUAGCAUCUGAAUAGGAUACAUAUGUAAUUAAAAAUGGAGAACAUGUGGUUUUAUUGCAACCGACGUUUUGCCCGUGAGGAAAACACAAGAAUUUUGUCCCUCCGAGCUGGCCGUAGUGUUUGUACAAACUGUGGAGUAAGCUUUCCGUCAAACAUGUACGUGAUAAUCGUGCUUCCCCGGACAAACAAACCAUGUUUCACCACAGACUCUGGCAUUUAUUAACAGAUGUGAAGUGCGGAAAGUCAUCAUUGCAUUUCGCGAGAAACUCUCAUUUGAUUUCUGAAUGGGUUUACUGAAUGCAAGUCGGCUCGCAGUCAGAGCUGCCAGAUGCCGCCUGAGCCUCCUUUCAACAUCAAAAUCAUGGUUCUGCACCAAAACCGCCCCCAUGGGGGACAAGAACAUCCUGCUCAUGGGUCCUCCUGGAGCAGGGAAGACCACAGUGGGGAAGAUCGUGGCCCACAAACUGGGCCUGCCGGUCGUGGACGUCGACGAUGAUGUCUUGGAGGCGGCGUGGAAGAUGCCGGUCGCUGCCAAGCUGGCAGCGAUGGGUGGAAAGCGUUUCUUGGAGGAAGAAGGUCAGGCUUUGUGCAACUUCUCUGCCUCUGGGUGUGUCGUUUCCCUGACGGGCUCCAACCCUCUCCACGAUGAGGCGAUGCAGCAUGUCAAGCAGGACGGGCUGGUCGUCUACCUGGACGUGGACGACGAGGACAUCAUACAGAGGCUCACCAGGAUGAAGGUGAACAGGAUAGUGGGCCAAGAGGCGGGGGUCUCCAUGAGGGACAUCCUGCUCUACAGGAAACAGUUUUACGAGAAGUGGCUGGAUGUGAGGGUUUUGUGUGGAACGGGAGACACGGUGGAGGAGGUAGCAGAGAGGGUGCUGAAAGCUGUGAGGAGAUAUCAGAACCGUGAUGAGGAAACCUUUGUGUCGACCAGGUGUGACAGCGCAGGACGGUCCAAUCCGAAAACCUAUUUCAGUGAUGUGGUUGUUGAGGGUCUGGCAGCAGAUGGAGGCCUCUAUGUUCCUAAAAAUGGUUUCCCAAAGCUUGAUGCACGUGAGUGGUUGAGAUUAGCUGCUAUGUCAUACCAAGAACGAGCUUUAGUUUUACUCGAAAAGUGCAUCCACCCGCUGGACGUCUCCGCUUUGGAUCUCAGAACGAUGAUAUUUAAAGCGUACGGGUCAAACUUUUCCAGCAAGGCCGUCGCUCCUGUCAAACACCUCAUCUACAAUCAGUACAUCCAGGAGCUUUUUCACGGCCCCACCGCCUCCUUUAAGGACCUGGCCCUGCAGCUGAUGCCUCAACUCUUUGCCUACUGCCUCCCACCCAUGUGCAACUACCUCGUCCUGGUGGCCACGUCUGGAGACACUGGCAGCGCCGUCCUCAGCGGCUUCAGCAGGCUGAGCGGCGUCGACAGACACCGGACCGGCGUGCUGGUGUUCUUCCCUGAGGAGGGAGUGAGUGAGAUUCAGAAGCUCCAGAUGACGAGCUACAGGGAGGGAAACGCCAGAGCAGUCAGCGUCCUGUCAGACUUCGACUUCUGUCAGAGAACCAUCAAGAGGAUGUUUGGAGAGUCGGGGCUGACCGGGCAUCUGGCCGUGGAGUACGGCACCGUCCUCAGCACCGCCAACUCCAUCAACUGGGCAAGACUGCUGCCACAGGUGGUCUACCACUCCUCAGCCUAUCUGGAUCUGUGCAGAGACGGUGUUAUCAGCUUCGGGGAGCCCGUUGAUGUUUGCAUCCCUACCGGCAACUUCGGCAACGCCAUGUCAGCCGUGUACGCCAAGCAAAUGGGCGUCCCAAUAAGAAAAGUCAUCUGUGCAUCCAACCACAACUGCAUCGUCUCCGACUUCAUCACCACGGGCGAGUACGAUCUGCGUGGACGGCUUCUGAUGCAGUCACACUCCCCGGCUAUAGAUAUUCUGAAAUCCUCCAACCUGGAGAGGUUUAUCUACCACAUCUCAGACGGAGACAGCCGCCUUGUCAAGGACCUGUUCACACGCUUAGACGGGCAGCAACACUUUGAGGUUCCCGAGCCUCUUCUUGGCAGGAUGCAGCAGGAGGUCCUGGCUGGAUGGUGCUCUGAGGACGACUGCUUGGCCGCAAUCCAGAAUGUUCACGCACAGACCGGCUACGUCAUGGACACACACACCGGCGUGGCCAAAGCCGUGGCCGACAGGCUGCAGCGCGGCUCGUGCCCCGUGGUGCUUUGUUCCACCGCUCACUACGGGAAAUUCGCUCCCGCUGUGUUCAAAGCUCUGCAAACCCCUAAUAUUCCACAGGAUCCUGUCGAGCAGCUGAAGGAACUGGAAGUCGCCGCUUCCAGACCAGAAACACACGGAGAGAUGAUGACAUGCCUGAAGGAAAGUGGCAGGAGACGACACACUGUUUGUCCUGCAGAUUACAGUGUGUUGGUGGAGGAGGUGGAGAGCAUGAUCCAGGACUCCUUCUUGAAAGUUAUGUAGAGUUACUCACAGAAUUUAAAGCAGAAUCUUCAAAAUAUGCUCUUGGUGCGCCUUGUUUGUGUUGUGCUUACCAAAGUAAUGUAAUUUUUUAACAACAAACAGAACAAAAAAAAAAGCUUGAAAACAUCAAAAUAAAGUACCACCUGUAAGCAAGCAUCAUUAUAAACUUGCAUUGUUUUAACCCUCCUGCUGUCUUCAUUUACUGGCACCAGAAAAUAUUAUUUCCUUGUCUGAAAAAAAUCCAAAAAUUCAGCAAAAAAAAAAUUCCCCCCAUUUCUGAAAAUUUUUAUUUUUAAAAAAUCCCCCAAAUUUUGCAAGAAUAUUCUUGUAAAUAUUUUCAAAAAUGAGCAAAAAUCUUCCCAAAAAAAUCCUAAAAAUAACUAAAAUGAUAACAUAUGUAUCAACUUUUAAUAUUUUCUUUAAGAACAUUCACAAAGUCCAGCAAAUUUUGGUUGAUUUUUUUGUGUGAAUGUUCUUAAAGAAACAUUUUAACAUUUUUUUUCCCCCACCAAAAAAAAUUUCAAAACUUUCCCAAAAAUGUCGACAUAAAAAUAUGUUUUUUUCCACAUUUUAAACUUUAAACUUUAAAAGAGGUCAAUUUGACCCGCAAAACAAUACGAAAGUUAAAAGACCCAAUCCUACCUGGGCCUUCAGGAUUGAGAAAAAUAAGCACGGUCAUCCUGAUUAUGCAGCGACGGAGCUUUUAACUGUUUUAUGGCAGAUUCUUUACAUCAUUAUCUGGCGUCCUGGCCCACUAGAUGGGGAUGUCUGCCUCUUGACCACUGGCUGCUGUGUGGAAAACACGUGCCGACAACACAGUAACACUAUAGGAAUGCAUCAUGUUCACAUCCAGUAAACGGCAGUUUCUAUAAUCCUCCUAUCAGUGUCCAUUGACUCAUUAACUAGGCAUCGUUUAGAUAGAAAGUGUCAUAUAUUGCUAUAAUAAAGAUAACAUUCAACACAGUACAUUGUUACACUGCAUUUUACAGCCUACUGGAAUGAUUACAGAAACAAUUCCUGUUUUAUUUUGUUCUGCUGAGAAAUACACUAAAAAUGCACAUCAUGUACAUAUAUACAUGUAAAGUUCUGUACUAAAAUUAUUUAACCACCAAUUAAAGUGAAAGGAAGUAGCCAAUACUGUAUUUUUUGUCACAAAGAAAUACAAUCUGAGUGGAAAACUCAAUUUUUUAUUGUGUGUUCCACUGUAGAUGUCAAUUUUUUGAUGUCAUAUUACCUUUUUUCAUGUAUAUUUUAUGUAAAAAUAUGUAUUUCAUUAAGAAUAAAUGUGAAAUUAUGUAUAAAUUUAA